AUGCUGGCGGCCGAGCACGUGGCAGCGGAGAGCAUCGAGCUGAUAUGCCAGCAGGCGGGGGAGCUCCUGUACGACCACUACCUGCAGCGGAAGGCCUUCCCCUUCGCGUCGGAGAUCGUCAGCAGCGCUUUGACGCUGGAGAAUGCCGCCGAUGAGGCACUGCUCAGGCGUGCCAGUCAUGGCGCUGCAGCAGAAGAAGCCGGCAGUCGCAGUGGCAUGGUAGACCUCCAGCACCUCAUGGUCCAACACGCCGCGUCGGAGACCGAGCUCCAUGCCCGUGCGGCCGAGACGUGGCGCAAGUAUGCUAGCCAGCUGGCCAAUAGUGGCUGCAGCUAUAAAGGUGGCUUGCUGCCUUGCCCCAGUGGCAACAUCUGUUAUUACACAGGGCAUGGAGGUUUGAACGUGACGGCCACAGCGGAGUAUCGCGGGAGUAUCAUCAAGACAGUCUUAACCCCCGACCCAGAUGCUGCAGUCGACCAGAAGUCGUGA